CUCUCUCUCUCUCUCUCUCUCUCUCUCUCUCUCUCUCUCUCUCUCUCUCUCUCUCUCCGUGAUUCUUUACAGGCUUUUCUUCAGACUGAAGAAGAACCAGAAGGAGCAGCAGCGAUGGGGAAACUUUGUGAGCUGAUUUCCUGUUUGUUGCUGAGUGUCUCCGUGGUGACGGCCCAGACAGCUCAGACUGGGACUAGCGAGCGUCUGCUGCCUCAGUGGCUUACCGGCCUCAUCGCCGUCACCGGGUUCCUCUUCCUCACCUUCGUCGUCCUCCUGGUGCAGAAGGCCUGGUGCGAGGAGCCAAUCACGAGGAAGAGCGCCGUGGAGUCGGUGAGACGAGACGACGUGGACGGAAACGCGUACGAGACCAGUCUGGACAUGGUCAGGAGGAAGAGCGCCGUGGAGUCGGUGAGACGAGACGACGUGGACGGAAACGCGUACGAGGUUCUGGACAUGGUCAGGAGCAAAGAAGACGAGAACGCUUACGAAAACCUGGCGAUGGACGGCCCUGAAGACAAAGUUACCUCCAUGUGACCGCUCUGCUCUGAUCCUAUUGGCUGCCUGAACGCCGUCACAGACACACACACACACACACACACACACACACA